AAUCUAUAUCUAGCUAAAGCUGCCCAUAUAGAGAGAGAAAAGUAGUGAGAGAAACGAAAUUCUGUGAGAGCACUGAGCACCCCCUCCCUCAUCAUCAUGGCGUUCUUGUUGCAGAGCAGAUCAUGAAACCCUAGCUCUUACUCUAUGCAAAAAAAAAAACCGCAGCAUUUCCUCCAAGAAUCGACCGUCAUUCUUAUUUCUAUUUCAAGAAAACAAUUGGCUAUCGAAGUGAUCGAUCGUUCGAUCCAAAUUUUUCAUAUACUUCGAGUAGUUUUCGAAGAAGUACUUUUUUAGUUUCUAUUCGGCGGUCCGAAUCAGUUCUUGUUGGUUUCGAUUUGGAUUGUGGCAUUUGGUGUUGUGGUUUGGUUGAGAUUCGGGGUGGCUGAGUUUGAUAGAAUGAGAGAGCUUUCGGAAGGUUAUUAGUGGUGAUUUUUUUCCCCGAAAUUUGGAUAUGGAUGAUAGAGGUGGAUCAUUUGUGGCUGUACGGAGGAUUCCGCAAGGUCUUGAGAGAGGCACCACAACCACUACCUGCCAUUCAACUUCGGCAGAGGUUGUGGCAGGAUCAGCAGCAUGGCUUGGCAGAGGCCUUUCAUGUGUCUGUGUUCAAGGAAGAGAGAAUGAUGCUCGUCCAUCAUUUGAUCUGACCCCAGCCCAGGAGGAAUGCUUACAAAGGCUACAAAGCCGUAUUGAUGUUGUAUAUGAUGGUUCAAUCCCUGAACAUCAGGAAGCUUUGAGGACAUUGUGGAAUGUUGCCUUUCCUGAAGAAGAACUUUGCGAUUUAAUAUCUGAACAGUGGAAGGAAAUGGGUUGGCAGGGAAAGGAUCCAUCCACAGAUUUUAGGGGUGGUGGUUUUAUAUCACUUGAGAAUUUGCUGUAUUUUGCUACGAAUUUUCCGAAAUCCUUCCAAGAUCUUCUGCGAAAGGAGGAAGGUGAUCGGUCCAUCUGGGAAUAUCCAUUUGCUGUUGCUGGUGUUAACAUCACAUUCAUGCUUAUUCAGAUGCUUGAUCUCGAAGCAGGAUCACAGGAACACAUUUUAUGCUUUUCAUCAGCUAAUUCUGAGCUUCAACUCUGCAGUAAAACCACGAACAAUGGUAGGAGCGACCUUCUUGAAGUUUCUUGCAGAAAAUGAAUCAGCAUUUGACCUUCUAUAUUGCAUCACAUUCAAGCUGAUGGACAAACAAUGGCUUGCCAUGCGCGCAUCUUACAUGGACUUCAAUACGGUGAUGAAAUCUACUCGUCGUCAACUGGAAAGGGAGCUUCUGCAAGAUGAAAUACGGCUUGAAGAUUUGCCAUCAUACAGCCUUCUUAGUCGGUAAUAUAGUACUAGUAACAAUUAGCAGAAGACUGGCUUCCAUAAGCAUGAUUCAGGUUGUCAACAACGUAUGCGUUGUCUGCCUCUCUCUCUCUCUCUCUCUUUCUCCUUUUUUAGUUCUACAGAUACUUCUGAUUUCUUGGUGUUUGUUCGUCCAUGAUAUGAUGGUUUCCGACAUAACCUUUUCAGAAAUCUUGGAAAUCUUGCAGCCAUGUUUUCGAUUGUGAUUUGAUUUCGAAAAGAAAAAGAAAGAGGGUUGAGUUCUUUGACUUUGUAAUGUGAAAAUGGGGACCUACUGUGGAUUUGUUGAGGUUUGAAAGAACAAAGUGUUUCUUGGUAGUUCCUUGGGCUAGAUGACAAGUGAUUUAUCCUUCAAGAAUAUUUUAAUCCCGACAUGGAUGACUAGUUUUUGAUUAGGCUGGAGAGUAGAUUAGUAGAUG